UGGCGCAGCAAGGACAUCAACUCGGUCGGGACAAACUGUGCUGUUUUAUCUGCAAGGAUCUGAUUAAGAAUCCGGUGACUCUUCCCUGUGGACACAGCUACUGUAUGAGCUGUAUUAAUAGACGUUGGGAUGGAGAGAAGCAGAAGAAAAAAUACAGCUGUCCUCAUUGCAGACAGACCUUCAAACCAAGGCCUGCCCUGGUUAUAAGCACCGAGUUGGCAGAGUUAGUGGAGGAACUAAAGAAGAAGAAGAAGAAGAAGAAGAAGAAAAAUAAGAAGAAGAAGACAGAACCCCAGGCUGGUCCAUCUGAUCACUUUGAUGCUGGACCUGGAGAUGUGGGAUGUAGUCCUACAGGGAGAAAGAGGAAGACGUCCUCUCUGCAGCCUCACGAUGAAGAUCCAUUAAAGAAAACCAAGCUAAUUGAAGCUUUGAAUGUUCAGGAGAACAUGUGCUCUCAACAUGAUAAGGUAAUGGAAAUCUUCUGCUGCACCGAUCAGAAGUGUAUCUGCAUUCUCUGCCUCAAUGAUGAACAUAAACAACACUACAUAGUUUCAGCUGCAGCAGAAUUCACAGAGAAGAAGAAAAAGCUUGGGGUGAGUCGUCAAAAUAUCCAGCAGAGAAUCCAGAACGAAGAGAAAAUUGUGAAGCAGUUUCAGCAAGAGGUGGAUGCCAUCAAUCUCUCUGCUGAUAAAGCAGUGAGGGAAAGCGAGUUGACUUGUACUGAGUUAGUCAAACUCAUUGAGAAAAGAAGCUCUGAUGUGACGCAGAAGAUUAAAUCCCAGCAGGAAUAUGAAGUGAGUCGGGUCAAAGAGAUUCAGGAGACGCUGCAGAAGGACAUCAGUGAUCUGAGGAGCAAAGACACUGAGCUGGAGAAAACUCUCCAAAACAGAUGAUCAGAUCAAGUUUCUACAGGCCUACCCCUCACUGUCAAAUCUCAGGGACCCUGAAAAAACAUUCAGGGUCAACAAGGAUCCUGUACGAUACUUUGAUGAUGUGACAGCAGCUGUGUCAGAGGCCAGAGGUAAAGUACUGGAGAGUUUUAUUAAGGAAUUGAGGAAGAUCUCAGAGACAGUGACUGAAGUGUAUGUUAAAUUGUUGCCAGACCCAAAGACCAAAGCUGAGUUCUCACAAUAUGCAGCCCCCGAAUAUCUUCUCAAACUGGAUCCAAACACAGCGAGCAUGCAGAUACAAUUAUCUGAAGAUAACAGGAAGGCAACCUCAGUGAAAGAGCCACAGUCAUAUGAUGACCACAAAGAGAGAUUCAUGGGAAAGUCUCAGGUUCUCUGUGGAGAACGUCUGACUAAUCGUUGUUACUGGGAAGUGGAGUGGAGUGGUUUAGGAGGUUCAGUAGCAGUCACAUACAGAGAUGUUCUCAGAACAGGAGAGGAAAGUGCAUUCGGGGACAAUGACACAUCUUGGGCACUAGAGUUUAGUACAAAGUAUUGUAAUUUCAAACACAACGGUGAAAAAGAGUCAGUUUUUGUCCCUCAAUCCUCAAGGAUUGGUGUUUUCUUGGAUCAAAAGGCAGGUGUUCUGUCCUUCCACAGCGUCUCUGAAACCAUCACCCUCCUCCACAGAGUGCAGACCACAUUCACUCAGCCGCUCUAUGCUGGACUCGGUGUUUAUUGGUAUGGAGCUUCUGCUACAUUUUGUGACAUCAAGGUCGAACAACUGUCAAGUGAGAUUUUUUUACAGCAGCAGCAGCCUGGUCCUCGUCCUGCAGCCCAGCAGCAGCCUGGUCCUCGUCCUGCAGCCCAGCAGCAGCCUGGUCCACGUCCUGCAGCCCAG